AUGGUGCCCGCCCUACUGACGGUAAGCAACGAGAUUUUAUCUGGUGCACCAAUGCCGCCUUCGUUUUUGGAAGCGCUGGUGGUUCCUCUGCGGAAGAAGGGAGAUUUGGCGGAUUCUAUCGACUAUCGCCCAAUAUCUUUGCUUCAGACUAGUUACAAAAUCUUUGCAAAGAUUUUGGCUACCCACUUGCAGACAGUUAUGCCGCGGUUGGUGGGAGACUCGCGGAAGGGAUUUGUACGAGGCAGGCAAAUGCGAACACUAGUGAACAUAAUGCUUUUCCAGCUGGCUUCGGCUAGUAAUGAGAUGGAUCUACCAGCCAGAGCCAGUCGGGUCAUCUUGCUGCUGGAUUUCCGCAAGGCCUGCGACACAGUGGACAGGGAAUUUCUGUACGCAGCGCUGCGCGCCUUUCAUUUGAAGACCAGUUUAUCGAUCUCAUCCAGCGCAUGCAUACCGGAACUACAGCUCGGUUCUCCGUGA